GUGACACCUUAUUUCAAAUGGCAGAGGUUCAUCGGCAGAUCCAACUCCAAAUGGAGGACAUGGUGAGAGUAUUCCACUCCGAGUUACUGACACAGCUGGAGCAGAAGUUGGAACUAGAUGUGAAAUAUUUAAGCGCAGCACUGAAAAGAUACCAGCUGGAAAUCCGGACCAAGACGGAAUCCAUCGCGAAGUCUCACUCAGAACUUCGGAAACUAAGGAGGAGGAGUGGGAUAAGCAAAAACCCACAGAAAUACUGUGAUCGGGAAAUGCAG